UGGGAGUGGUUAGAGGAGAGGGAGGGAAAAUGAAGUUCCUCCUUCGCCGUUGCCAAGGCAACUUGAUGUCACGGUGACAUCACACACCACUAAAAGCUUUUAACCGGAUUCCUCUCCCGCCUUAGGCCCCAUUUUGAGUCCUCUUUCAGCUAGGCUAGGGGGAAGGGCACAGGCAGGACGGUGUAUGUGAUUGCAUGCAUGCAUCACUCCUUCACUGCAGAUUCACCAUAGCUUUCGUAAAAGACUUUCAAAUUGAACUACUAAAGAUCCUGUUUCUGCAAACACUGCCAGCACAGGUCAAGAGAAACCAUUUAAAAAAAUGUCAACAGAGGACGGUUUCAGCUACUUAUUGGCAGGUCACAAUGAGAAACACAGGCGGGCCCCAAACUGGACCGACGGUGAAAUGAAAGCCCUCCUGUACGUGUGGGAGGAACACCACAACGAACUGAAAAUGAGCAAGAGGAACGCCAAGGUUUACGAGAAGAUGUCCCAGAGGUUCUUCCAGCUGACCGGAGAGCAGCGUUUCAAAGAAGAGAUCAAGAUGAAAAUCACCAACAUGUCCUUUCAGUACAGGCGAAUGAAAACCGUAGCCGGUGAAAGUGCGGAGACGCCAGACUGGCCGUAUUAUAAGGCCAUCGAGAAGAUCCUCUGUAAGCCACUGGAGAACGGCCGGGUGAACUCUUUGGAGUAUCAGGCUUCCACUGCAGGUCCCUCCACUUCCUCACAGUCUACAGACAACCUGGUGCCCCAUUCAGAGGAGGGGAUGAUGGGAUUCUUGCCAGAGUACACGGGCUCCUCAGAUGAGAUGGAGAUAAAACAAGAGCUGGACUCUUUGAGCUCUGACAGUGAGCACACACAGGGCUCCAGCUCUCACCCUACUUCAGCCAGGAAAAGACAUGCCAACAAGAAACUGUCCAUGAAGAGAAAGAAACUGCAAGUCAUGCAGGCCAUGUUACAACAACAAAGGAGGUCGAGCCGGGCCAUAGAGGAGACAUGCAGGGAAGUCCGUCGAGCCAUGCACCAACAGAACGUCCUCCAGGUCCAGUGUCUGCAGCUACAGGAACGAAUGAUGAAUCUUCUGGAGAAGAUGAUCCAGCCUUCCUCCCCCACGUCAGCAUCAUGGUGUCCGAGUGGGGUCAAAAGACCGGAGAAGCCAUGAAGUGCCAGGGUAACGGGUGCCUGGGAGAGAUUAUGGUCUUGCCUCACCUCAUACCUUUGUUGAAGAUAUACUAAAGUAUAUUUAUUUUGGAUUUCAGUUCGACAUGGACAUUUUAAAAAUGUUUUUGGUGUGUUGCUUACAUCAAAGUGUAGUUCUUAUCAGCGCAGAGAUGGUAAACAGAGGUACACAAAUAUGCUGUUUUCGAUUUUUGAAGAUGUCAUGAGCCUGAAGAUGAUCACGUUAAUUACCAUAAAUAUUAUAUUCAGCAUCUAUACGUCAGGCCCCAAUGAGCUUUUAUUGUAGAAAUAGCUGUAUCAGAUCUUCUGUCUUGAUCAUUUGUCAAGUACCCUAUUAAAGUCACUGUG